AUGAGUAGUGUUGAUGAUCAGAAUCAAAAUAAUGGAGAUGGCUUGCGCAUUCUUAAUGUAAUUUAGCAGUUUUCAGAUAAUGAAUUCAAUCAAAUGAAGUUUUAUUAAGAAUUAGCGAAUAAUACCUAUGAUUUGAAACUUGUUUCUCAAUACUAGCUGUAAAUUUUAUGCAAUUCUGCCAAAAUCACCAUUGACAACAUGGAAAUCACAGAUUAUAACUACAAUUGCACUUAAGUCGAUGAUUUAACAUGUAAACUACAAUUUGAUUUCAAGAAAUCCAUCUAUUAAUACAAUACAAUUCAUGCAUUGUUAUAGUUUACAAAUUCAAUGAAAAGACUGCUUGUUGAAAAAAAUGAUAAAAGUGUUAAAUAUGACAUCACACCAAGAGAAUUCAUUAUUUUAAAUUAGAAUGAUAAAAAGUAAUAGGAAUACAUAUAAAGUGCUCAAUAGUCUUUUAAUUUAUUUUUUUUAAUUAUGAUCCCAGUAUCUAUCAUUUUCAACCUCUUUAAUUAUUUAUGGGCAGUCCUAGAGAUAUUAAGUUGGAUCAAUAAUUUCUAUUUUCUUAACGUUAAUUAUCCUUUCAAUGUGGAACUAUUUUUUUUAAAUAGCAAUUGGUCAAGCUUCAUUAAUUUUCCAACUUUUUAGGAAUUGAAUCAACCCGGGUGUAGUUAUUACUUUGAGGCUCCAAAAAGAUUCAUGAAUAAAGGAAUAGACCCAUUAUUCUUUAAUAACAUUUAAAUCCCAUUUAUGUUUAUACUUUCCUCCAUCCUCAUUUUUCUAAUAAACUAUUUGUUUUAUUCAUUCUUUUCUUUACUUGAUGAUGCAUUGAAACUCAAAAUAUCAUUAAAAGACAAGCAUAUAAGUAUUUUUAAUGUUCAAAUAAAAAAAUAACCUCAUUAAAAUGCAAUCAAAGAACAUGAAUAAAUGAUAGUCCAAAAUAAAUAUUUGAAAUCUAUUACUGACUUUUUUAAAUCAAAUUCAACUAAUCUCGUAAAUUAGUGUAAAUCAACGAUUUCUUUAUGCCUAUUGGAUAUUACAUUAGCAAUUUUCCUUUAGUUAUUUUGUUCGAAGAAUAAUUCGCAUAUCAUAGUGGAUUCAAAUCAAUUCCUUGCGAUAAUGACAAUUGGCAUAAUCAUAUUUUAAUGUUAUUAAUAAUAUUAAAUUUUGAAUAUUCAUUAGUUAAAAGCGAAAAAUAAACAUUUUGAGGAAAAAUUUGGAAUUUACUAUGAAAACAUAAACCUUGAAAAUUCAUUCGGAUAUUAUUAUUCAUUUUUUGGAUAAAUAAGCAAAAUCCUGUACAUAUUUUUCAUGGUAUUUUACUACUACACUCCACUUUUGUAAGUAACUUUGUGUUAUCUAUCCUCCUCUUUAUGUUUUAUUUUCUUAUUAUAUUAAAAUCCAUAUAAUUCAAAGAAGGAAUAUGUGAUAAAAUUAUUAUCCAACUUUUGUUUAAGCUCCAUUAUAUUAAUUAUUAUCUCAUUUGCUAUGAAUGAUCAAAUACAAGUUGAAUUUAUAGAGCAAAACAAAAUUAUUUUAGGCUGGAUGGUUAUAGCUUUAGUCUUAGUUGCAAUUGUCAUUGAAUUUUGUAUUCUAGCCUUUGGAUUAAUUCUAUAAAUUUUCCAUUUUUUUUAAAUUUUAUGGAAUCGAAUAUAAAAGAAAAGUAAAAAUAACAGCAAUUAACAUAAUGAAUAAUAGUCUGAGUAAAAAGAAACAAGAAAUGAGACAAAAAAAACACAUAAUAAAAAUGGAAAUUAAUUGUAAUCAAGAGAUACAAAUUUUUCAAUUGUAUUAUUUUGA